GGCGCGGCGGGCGGCACCCCCGCGGUGCUGGGGCCGGGAGAUAGGGUUCGUACCCCCCCCACCCCCCCACCCCCCUCCCGGCUCUCACCCACUCGCAUGCACACCGCAGCGUGUCGGCCGUGGCUUGGCCGCAGCCAGGGCAGCCGGCCCGGUAGCCCGUGGGGUAAUUCGGUAGCCGGGCGAGCAGAGGAGGCCGAGGGAGUCCGUGUUCCCCCACCCACCCACCCUGCUCCCCACGGCUGGAGGCAUGCGGUGUCCCCGUCCCUAGAGGCAGCACCCGAGCCCCAGCCCGGCGUUAGCGCCCAGAGGGAUGCGGAGCCACAGAGGCAGCGGACCCUGUGACUGACACAGCCCCCUCCAGCCCGCAGCUGAAUGGAAAGACUGCAGAAGCAACCGCUGACCUCCCCUGGGAGCGUCUGUUCUUCCCGCGGGUCCAGCGUCCCUGGAUCGCCCUCCAGCAUCGUGAAAGAAGGUGCUUUUCCUUCCUUUCAGGCCAAAAUGGACAAUGAGGUUCUUGGCUACAAGGACCUGGCUGCCAUCCCCAAGGACAAAGCGAUCCUGGACAUCGAGCGCCCCGACUUAAUGAUCUACGAACCCCACUUCACCUACUCGCUCAUGGAGCACGUGGAGCUGCCCCGGAGCCGAGAGCGCUCCCUGUCUCCCAAAUCCAUCUCUCCUCCUCCAUCUCCGGAGGUCAUCCGGGAGUGGCUGGAGAGCCGGACCCCCAGCAGCGCCCCACAGCCCACCUCUCGCCAGGGCGGCAGCUCGGCCCGCAGCAGCGUGCAGCACUUCCACCGCCCCGAGACCGACACGACGGAGCUCAACAUAUACAAGAAGCCUCCGAUCUACAGGCAGAAAGAGCACCAUCCCGGCGCCCACCAUGGGAAGCAUCUCAUAGAGGACUUGAUCAUCGAAUCCUCCAAGUUCCCAGCGGCGCAGCCCCCAGACCCCAACCAGCCCGCCAAGAUUGAGACCGACUACUGGCCGUGCCCCCCGUCCCUGGCCGUCGUGGAGACGGAGUGGAGGAAGCGAAUGGCCUCCAAGAGGGGGGAGGAGGAGGAGGAGGACCUGACGGAGGAGAUGAAGAACCUGCGGGAGCUCCAGAGGCAGGAGCUGAGCAAGGUCACCUCCAACCUUGGGAAGCUGAUCCUCAAGGAGGAGAUGGAGAAAUCUCUCCCCAUACGGAGAAAAACCCGUUCGCUGCCGGACCGGACACCCUUCCACACGUCUCUGCACAUGGGGAGCUACAAGAGCUCCUCGCUGCCCGCCUCUGGCAGGAGCACCCUCACCCGGCUGCAGUCGGCAGAGUUCAGCUCGGCAGGCAGCGAGAAGGGCAGUCCGGGCUUUGCCCCCUCAGAACGGCCAGCGCGGGCGCAUGGACAGAGGCAAUUCCCUGCCCAGCAUGCUGGAGCAAAAGAUCUACCCCUAUGAAAUGCUGAUGGUGACGAACCGAGGCCGCGUGAAGCUGCCACCCGGCGUGGACAGGACCAGGCUGGAGCGGCACCUCUCCCCCGAGGAUUUCCUGCGGGUCUUCGAGAUGCCCCCCGAGGAGUUCAGCAAGCUGGCCCUCUGGAAGCGCAACGAGCUGAAGAAGAAAGCCUUCCUCUUCUGAGCCCGCCUCGGCCCCGAGCUCAGUCCGUGUCACGCCGUGUAACCGCUUUAGGGCUCUCAGCCGGUUUUUACUAGGAUCCCCCCUUCCCGUCUCCCCCAGCCCCCCGACUCUGCCCCCCAUCUCACUCCUCUUGCAGGAAAAGGGCUCAGGGGGCUCGAACCUGCCUCUGCCCCCCGGCUCGCAGUGGGGUGAUGGGGCUGGGGGCAGACCCUGCCCUGGAGCAGGCACGGUUCAGCUGGGAGGGGAGGUGUGGGGGCGUCUCUGUGCUUUGUGCCCCCCCCCCCCCCUCCUGGGCACGCUGGCAGGGGCAGUGCCUGGCUCUGCUUUCGGCCGGCCAGGAGCGUGCCGGCUGCGGCGCGUGGGCAGCGGGUCAGCUUCCCUCCUCCCCGGGGUCGGCUGCCUUCGGCCCCCGCACCCAGGCUGUCCCUCUGCCCCCCGCGCCUUCACCCCGAGACUUGGGAAGAGCCUGGGGGCCGACUCACUGCCAGACCGAUGUGCUCCCCGCAAAGCCAGGCCGGCAUCCCACCUUGUCCCCCUCCGGCCCCCCUUUUAACAUCCCGGUCCCUCCUGUGCCUGCAGCGAGGACCGCAAGGACACGUACACUGCCAAAAUCUGCCCGGCAUCGGGCUGGCGGAGGGCAGGGCUGGGAUGCCGGCGAGGUGAGCAGAGGUGGCAGAAUGGGGGGGUCCCCGUGGGACCCUGGGGUGGCUCCUGCUGCAUUUCUAACUGCAGCCGCACCUGCGGCGGGGUGAUGCAGCGGGGCGAUGAACUGGGGCGAUGCAGGCAGGCAGAAAGGAGCAGGGCACGGCUCGACACGCACCGUGGCCGCUGGGAUCUGGGCAGCGCUGCCUGGCCCCCCGCGGCCGUGCAGGCAGGGCUCGGCACCGGGCAGCACCUUCCCUUCUCACUCCUCUCCCAUCCCCUCUUGGGCACAUGUUUUGGGCAGGACCCCUCUGCCCCUGCACCCCCGGCCCCCCACGCUCCUCGGUUUCUGUUUCCAGCCACUCUCCAGCCGCUAGACCUCGUUGGGAUGUAAAGAAUGUAAUUUAUCGGGAAAUCACUGGCCCAUACUUGCCUUUCACUGCUACUCUACAAACGACAUAUCUAUAAAUAUAUAUAUAAAUAUGGGUUGUUUUCUGACUGGACUACAGUGAUUCACUUUCUCUGUUUUGUUAGAGUUUAUUUUAUUUGCUGGUGUCGGAGAAGCCGCGUGAGAGUGAUUUUUUGCUUACAAUUAAAGGUGAAAUGGCUUUA